GUGUAAGAGUGCUGUUUUUGAAACUGUUGGUUUACUAACAUAAUAUAUUCAGUGAUGUCUAGAGGAAAAUACAUUUUAAAGAUUCUAGAGGAUCAACAAAAAGCAUGUACCACAAGACCAGAAACUAAUCACGAUGGAUCAAUUAGUCCCAUGAGAAGUUUUGGAAAUAAAGAGAGCGAAAAUAUAGACAAUAACCCUAAGACGUUUCCUUGUCUUAAUAUUUGUUCUAAACCUAGCACAAAUAAAAAUGAUGCAGAAUUCAUUAAAAAUCUAACAGCUAAUCCUCGGAUAUCAAUUAUUCCCAGUACCAGUAGAGUCUCCAUCGUCUCAUAA